AUUUCUUUAUUAGUGUUCUCUAUAUGUAUGUGUUAUCUGUUCGAUUAUCAUUUAGUUGCACUUAUUUGCAUUUGGAUAUUUUAUUGCUCUGUCCUAUAUGGGAAACUUCGACAUGUUAAUAUUUGUACUUCUUAUUGUCUAUUCUGCCUACAAAUCGUGUGAAGCUGGUGUUAUUACCACCUCCCUGGGCAGUAUAAAUGGAAAUCAAAUAGGAUCGUAUCAAACAUUCAAGAAGAUUCCAUUUGCAAAGCCUCCGAUUGGAAAAUUGAGAUUUCAAAAACCAAUGGCUGCUGAGAAAUGGGAAGGGAUUCUGAAUGCAACUGAGUACGGCCCAGCUUGUAUGUCAAAUUCCUCGACUUCAAAAAGCCCACAAAAAUGGAUAGAUGAAGAUUGCCUUCACAUAAAUAUUUUCACAACGGAUACUUGUUUGAGCUCAAAAAACUGUUCAGUGGUGUUUUACGUUCAUGGAGGAGAGUUGGUUUAUGACUCGGCAGUCAUGUUUGAGGAUAAAUACCUAUUUGACACAUUUUCUAGUCGAGAUGUGAUUCUUGUGAUCCCUGCUUUUCGCCUUGGACUCUUUUCACAUUUUGUUGUAGAAGAUCAGAAUGUUGCUCCAAACAAUUUGGCACUUUAUGAUAUUCUAUUGGCCCUUGAAUUUGUGAAAUCAGAGAUUCACAAUUUCGGAGGGAGCAGUGAUCGAGUCACGGCAUUUGGGCAUUCUUAUGGUGGUCAUGUUGUCUCUGUAAUGGCAUUCAGUACUGAAAUUAAUACAGAUUUGAGCUACUUCCAACGUGUAAUUUGUAUGUCAUCAGUGAAUGUAUGGGACUCUCUGGAGUUUGAAAUAGAGAAAACGAUGCGAUUUAUUCAAUAUGCAAACUGUUCGGUUCCACAAGAUUUAAAAAGUAGGAUGACAAGUUUUGAGCAAGAUUCUUACAUGAUGGAAUGCCUUCAAGAUAUUGAUUCAAUGGAGUUAUUGAGAAUUCAGCGAAGUCUGGAAGACGAAGGACAUCCAAUUUACAGUGGUCUUGUCCUUCGAGAACCACUCAUUCAGAAUGUUCUAGUUCAGGAUUUCUAUGAAAAACCAAAAAAUAUCCCAACUCUGACAGGAUGUACUUAUAAAGAACUGGACAAAUUUCACGCGUAUCACAAUAUUGUUGAAACACUCGGAUAUGAAAACUAUAAAGAGUGUGAUGACAAAUAUAGAGACGAUAGGAAGUACGGAAGAUUUGAUCUUAACAAACACGCGGAUGAAACUUUUGGAAUUCUUGCCCAAACCAAACUGAAAGUCGAUAAACAGUUAGAUAAAGGAAUUCCGACAUAUUUCUAUGAAUAUUCAUAUCCAAAACAUCCUUCUCAUACUGAUGAUCUUUCCUAUAUAAUGGGCGUUCAUGCAUUUGAAAAAGAUGAAAAUGAGAUACAUCUUGCCAAAUCGUACCAAGAAAUGUUCAUGAACUUUGUGAAAUUUGGAGAGCCAGGCGGUGGAUUUGAAAUGUCGACUUUUGAAAAUUCAAGUUAUUUCAAUUUUUACUGGAAUGAAACGACCGGAGAAAAGUCUUCAAUGAAAACUAAUUUCGAGAAAGAGAUCAUCAAAUACUGGUUGAAAGACAUGUUCGAAUAUGAUCAAAAUAUUACAGCUGCAAAACAACUAAAAGUAGCCAUAACCCGGUCAGCUAAAUUCAAUGUAUCUGAAGACCAAUUGCCAUAUUUGUAUAUUUCUAUGUUGAUAAUUGCUUUAAUAUUUCUAACAGGAUGUCUUGUUGGGAAAAUAUGUUGUGUUCAGCCACGGGAUAGACAUUUGUAUAUUCAAUUAGAUGGACUUGAUCAUGACUGUUACACUGUCAAAAAUUAAUUAUUGAUAUUGAAAUAUUUCAAAAAUAAAUUUUUAAUGAAAUA